AUGCCACUCUCCAAACCCCAAGACCCCCGCUGGCACGGCCCCCAGAGCAAAUACCCAACCAUCAACCUCCUCAAAACCACAUUCCUGAUCCCCUUCACGAUCCUGAUAAUCGUCGAGACCACCCUGCACCGCAUUUGGUACAACGCGUACUACAGCACCGUCGAAUACGACAGCUCCGAGACCAUCGCAUACUUCUUCCUCCGCCUCGGUCUCUCUCUAAUCCCCGACUUCCUCAGCGCCAUCUCCACACCGUCUACGCGCUGA